CAAUGAGCGACUGAGAACGUGCAGAUUAGGUCCGAAGUUUCUUUUGGUUUCCGGUGUCUUUGCAAUGGCGACUCUCGACUCCCUGUCGCUUUUCACUGGCCUCGGUCUGAGCGAGCACAAGGCCCGCGAGACACUCAAGAAUACGGCUCUGAGCGCGCAGUUGCGGAAGGCGGCAACCCAGGCACAGCAGACUUUGGGCUCCACCAUCGAUAAGGCUACUGGGACUCUGUUGUAUAGCUUGGCCUCCCGACUCAGAGAUACUCGGCGUCUCUCUUUCCUUGUGAACUACAUAGCCAGUAAGAAGAUCCACACUGAGCCUCAGUUGAGUGCUGCCCUUGAAUAUGUGAGGAGUCACCCCCUGGACCCCAUCGACACUGUGGACUUUGAGCAGGAAUGUGGUGUGGGUGUCACAGUGACCCCAGAGCAGAUUGAAGAGGCUGUGGAGGCUACCAUAAAUAGGCAUCGGCCACAGCUCUUGGUGGAGCGUUACCAUUUCAACAUGGGGUUGUUGAUGGGAGAGGCUCGGGCUGUGCUCAAGUGGGCAGAUGGCAAAAUGAUCAAGCAUGAAGUGGACAUGCAGGUCCUCCACCUUCUGGGUCCCAAGAUGGAGUCUGAUCUGGAGAAGAAGCCCAAGGUGGCAAAGGCUCGGCUAGAAGAAACAGACCGGAGGACAGCAAAGAAUGCGAUGGAGAAUGGUGAGGGUGCUGGCCAAACACUGUCUCUGAUGGAGCAGCUCCGAGGAGAGGCCCUUAAGUUCCAUAAGCCUGGUGAGAACUACAAGACUCCAGGCUAUGUGACCACUACACACACCAUGGAUCUAUUGAAGCAGCACAUGGAGAUCACUGGUGGACAGGUUCGUACCCGGUUCCCACCAGAACCCAAUGGAAUUCUGCACAUUGGACAUGCCAAAGCCAUCAAUUUCAACUUUGGCUAUGCCAAGGCUAACAAUGGUAUCUGCUUUCUGCGUUUUGAUGACACCAACCCUGAGAAGGAGGAAGCAAAGUUCUUCACUGCCAUCUAUGACAUGGUGACCUGGUUGGGUUAUACACCUUACAAGGUGACAUAUGCCUCUGACUAUUUUGACCAGCUGUAUGCCUGGGCUGUGGAGCUCAUCCACAGGGGUCAGGCUUAUGUAUGCCACCAGCAAGGAGAGGAGCUGAAAGGCCACAACCCUCUGCCCUCACCCUGGAGGGACCGACCCAUGGAGGAGUCAUUGCUGCUCUUUGAGGCAAUGCGCAAGGGCAAGUUUUCAGAGGGUGAGGCAACGCUGCGGAUGAAAUUGGUGAUGGAGGAUGGGAAGAUGGACCCUGUGGCCUAUCGAAUCAAAUAUACACCACACCACCGUACUGGGGACAAGUGGUGCAUCUACCCCACCUAUGACUACACACACUGCCUCUGUGACUCCAUCGAGCACAUCACCCACUCACUGUGUACCAAGGAAUUCCAGGCCCGGUGAGGAGCUUGGGCCCAUAGGGUGGUAGGGUAGUUGAAUUCUAACAUCCCUUCCUGUGGUCUCUCCCUGGUCUGAG